AUGUCAAGUGGACCAGCAAAUGGUUUAGGUUGUAAAGGCCGGACACUGAAAAUAAAACCACCAUUACAAAAUGCUCAAUCGGUUACAGUCAACUGUCGGGAGAUCACAAUGGAGUGGAAAGGUGCCGCACAAAUUAUCAUGCUGACUUACCAUUUCAGCGGUGCUCAAAACGCAUUCAUUCACCAGCCAAACUACAAAGCCACUGGGACAACCUCACAUCUUGGUUCAAAUCCUGUUGCCUACCGUUAA